UUCCAGUCCUUAGUUUCGUUUUCAACGCCCGUCAUUGCUUUCACCUGCUCCUUGUUUAUAGUCUUGUUAGCUUUGUAUAUUUAAACCGUGUCACUGCAUAUUAGGUUUGUUGGUCAUUUCGCUGUAUUUUCGAUGUUCUGACUUUGCCUCGCUGGUGGUUUCGCUAUAAUCGUUCUUUGUCUUUCAAGUUAAGUUACUCUUUUCGUUUACUAUUGUUAUUCUCUCGUUAGCGUUAUCUCUUGUUUGGUGCCUUCUUUGUCGGUAUUGCCUUCCGGGUUCAUGUUCGUUGUUGAUUCUGUCCACUGUACGUUAUCUCUGUGUACUUUCCUAAGUUUCUUUCCUGAUCUUUAAUCACACGUCGUAGUCUAGUCUCUUUGCUCCCUUUAGGUUUCUUUCCCCUUAGUUAACUCAUACAAGUGUUUGGUUGUUCUCAGGUAUGUUACCUGUAACUUGGUCUUGGUCACUGUUUACCGUGUGUGUGUGGUGUUUGUUAUUAAACUAGUCAUUUAUUUACGUUUUGUCCUGAUUAUCAUUUUUGCUAUAUUAUGGAAAGGAAUGAUGCAAAGGUGAGCUGUUGUGUAAAUAAAACAUGUUUGUUGACACGAAGACCGAAACACGAUUAACACUAUCGAUACGCGUGAAACAAGGAUUCCAACAAAGGACAAUUACGGAAUAGGACAUUAAAUACACACACUAAAAGGUCGAUUAACAAGGGACCUUCCUCGAGGGCUUCCAUUAUUGGAGAAAAGAAAUUUGCGACAGAAUAUUUACUAACAUGUUAAUUCGCAUUUGUGGUUAUAUCCACGGGUUUCAUGGUGGAUAAAGUUAAAGGUGCAUCUUUAACUGACGAGGGAACGCGCAGGCCGUGAUUGGCGUGGAAGUUUCGGACGCAAUUUAAAUCAUUGAGGAACCCGAAUAAUUACAGUACACGACCUCCUCGUGUAUAAUCUCGGCCUUGAAAGUGUUUAAAGUAAUUUAUCUGGCACUGAGAUGAUGGACUGUUAAAAUCAAUGGCUAUAAAAUCACUUUUCAUUACUUGGAUGGAAACUGAUGAAACGCAAAAUUGCAAGUGUGUUUAAGUGGCAUGGCUCUAUUAAAUGAGAAAUGUUUGUUUGAACUGGUGUGAGGUGAAGCCUGUAUAUGGCUUAUUUGUGUGGCUGUUCGUUAAAAGGGCUUUUUAUCGGAUUGAAUACUCGACCUGGCGACGGUUAUGCCUUGUGCCAAAGUAUGCAGGGCCCAGGUGUGGUUACAUACCCACGAGCUUUCUAGUUAGAAGGAGGAGUCAGUAGUAAGGUAAAAUAUUUUAAAUAGGAAGGCAAGUCCAGACAGCUUGUUUUUUGGCAUGUAAAUGUUGCAGGCUUAAGAAUUCCUGGAAGUUAAGUGUUCAAUGGUAGCACACACUGAGUUUUUAAAAAUAGCCUACCGCAUAAAUAACACCAACUCGCUACGGAAUGUUUAAAACAAAGAAAGAACCUAGUGCACUCGCCAAGACCACGGAUUUCAGAAGAUGGGCUCCAGGCGGCGGCCCCUCGAAGGAUGGGCUUUUCGUGGAUUCAGCAUUCCCAGUGUGGGAAAUUCUAUUACGUUCUGAUGUGGAGUGGAGGCGACCCAAGAAUAUCUGCAGUUUUCCUCAGUUCAUUGUGAAUGGAGCGACACGGAUGGAUAUCUGCCAGGGAGUUCUGAGUGACUGCUGGUUCUUGUCUGCAGUAGCAUCUGUAUCUCUGUAUCCAUCUCUCUUGAAUCAAGUGGUGCCUGUGCGUCAGAGCUUUCAGCAUGGCUACACUGGAUGCUUCUCCUUCUGGUUCUGGCAGUAUGGAGAGUGGGUGGAGGUAAAGGUAGAUGAUCUUCUCCCCACACAGCAGGGUGAGCUCAUUUACCUGCACUCCUCUCAGAGGAACGAGUUCUGGAGUGCCCUCUUGGAAAAAGCAUAUGCCAAACUGAAAGGAGGCUAUCAGGCCCUAAAUUUGGGAUUCCCUCAUGAGGCCAUGGUGGACAUGACUGGCGGAAUUACUGAGGCAUUCAUGGUGGCAACCCUCCCCCAGGCUCUGGCCUCCUUCUUGCGCCCCCUGCUGGCCAAAGGAGCUCUCAUCAACUGCGCCAACUCACUGGGUCCUAUGGAGAAGAGAAAUGAUUUGGGCAUUAUGUUCAGACAUGCUUACUCUGUGACGGGUCUUGAGACAGUUAAAACUACGCUUGGACCUGUUGAGCUUGUGCGGGUUCGGAACCCCUGGGGUAAAGGGGAGUGGGAGGGUCCUUGGAGUGACUGCAAUGGGCCAGAGUGGAGAACUGUCAGUAAAGAAGAGCAGAGGCGUCUGGAAAGAGUUGCGGUAGACGACGGGGAAUUCUGGAUGUCUCUGUCAGAUUUUCGGCAGAACUUUGAGAUAAUGGAGGUGUGUCACCUAAGUAAUGAGACGCUAAGUGAGGGUGGAACCAUCAAGAGGCCCUGGCAUUGCAAAAUGUAUCAUGGGUUCUGGGAGCCCAAGCUCUCAAUGGUUCAACAUGUCCCUCAGUUCCGCCUGACUCUGCUGGAAGAGGAUGAUGACCCAAAUGACUCUGAGCUCACCUGCUCCUUCCUGCUGGCACUGAUGCAGAAACACACAAGGCAGAGAGGAAUAAUGCUGCCCAUUGCCCUGAGUGUAUACCAGGCUCGAUCUGAACGUGACUUCCUUUCCUCUCGGGAGUUAUCUUUGCUCUGCCCUGUGCUCAGCACCCAUGGUUACCUGCAGCAACAGGAGAUUGUGAUUCGUGAUCGCCUGGCACCUGGUCAUUACAUCAUCGUUCCGUCCACCUCAGAGAAAAGCCAGACAGGAGAAUUCCUCCUGAGAAUACUGACAGAGAAGGGCAAUAAUGCUAUACCAGCUCAAAUUCCCAGUAGCAGUACUGCAAGCCUACCUAAACAGCCAAUGUCAGUCUCCCUCAGAGGACUGCCCCCUAUCUCAGAGGCCCAGAAACUGUUUAGGAAGCACUGCAAUAAGAAGGGAUGUUGUGGGCCACUGGAGCUGUACAACCUGCUAACUGAAGUAAUUACAAGAGAGGUGUUAGCUGGCAGUGAGAAGAAGCUGUGCUUGGAGCACUGCAAAACCUUUGUGGUCCUCAUGGACAACAGAGGACUGGCCCAGCUACAAUGGACUGAGUUUCAGGCACUGUGGGAAAAAUUCAGGAAGUGGACGAAUAUAUUUCUGAAAUUUGACACAAAUAAGUCUCAGUCACUGGACUGCCUGGAAAUCUCCCCAGCUCUGACAGAAGCAGGCAUAGAGGUGGAUGAAUUUGUACUGCAGCUGAUUGGACUGCGCUAUACUGACCCCGAUAUGACAGUUAGCUACCCAGGAUUCCUUUACCUGCUCAUGAAACUGGACAGCAUGAUCCGAAAGUUUCAGUCUUUCGAUAUGGUGGGGAUGGGUACCAUUUCAGUCAACUGCAGACAGUGGCUGCACAUUACCAUGUACAACUAAGAUCAAACCUGGACACGAGACUUCAAGAGGGGAUGUCCAAUCUUAAUCGCAUUUCAGUGUUUUAUAUGUAAACAUUAUGAGGCAUUGUGUCUUGUGCAUAGACUGGGACUCGGGGGAAGCAGCGCAACACUUAUGUAUGUGUAACCAUAUCAGCGCUACAUUAGUGGUAGAUUGUUAAAUCUUAACAAAUUACAGUUGCAAUGAUUUAAAAUCUUAUUCUCUGUCCUGAUUAAACUUUAAUACUAACAUUUCAAA